AUGAGCUCAUCUGUUCAUCCACGGCGAUCAGGAAAACGACAAAAAAGCACAGAAAGUCAUCAGGAAAUGAUUGAUAUUGAGACCCCGCGAUCUUCAGUACCUGGCUCAGUAACUCAUGAUGAUGAUAUUCUCCUCAGUAAACCGACAUCAAGGCACACAAAUCUCCAUACUGGUCACCAAAGUUCCAUUAUGGCACGGAUGCCAAGCCAACAAGCAAUCCAAUCUGCUCCAGGAGCCAAUUUAACUCGAAAAGAUUGUCAUAGACGUUGGGUUCGAUCUAGUCGAUCAGGAUUUCAAUCCAUACCUAACGAUGAAAGGGAGGAUCAAAUUGAAGAUGUUGAGGAUGAGGAUUAUAGUCAUGAACAUCAUGAACAUAGAGCCAAAUUAAUUAAGCAAUACGCUUCCAAUAUGAAGAGAAAACGUGAAGAAUAUCAGAAAUUACAAAAAGCUACAGCAUUGAAAUAUGGAAAUCAAGGUCAUCGUGAUAGAAAGCAAAAAGGGAUUUGGCAAUCAGUAAAGCAAGGAUUUCAUGAAAACUUUAGCUUUAGCUUAUGGAGAUCACAUUUAAAAGAAGUAGAAGGCCAAUUUGGCAAUGGUGUUCUAUCCUAUUUCAUCUUCCUACGAUGGUUAUUCUACCUUAAUUUAAUGCUAGGCUUAAUGUGGUUUGGUUUUUUAUGUGUGCCAGAAAUUCUACUUGCCCAUCGAAACGUGGUCUCUUUUGAUUAUGCUACCUUUAAUAUUUCUCAAUCCAUUGCUAACACCACAACAGGGGCUAGCAUUUACUGUAGUCCAGAUUAUAUCGCUAAUACAACAUCAACAACCCAUUUGUUUAUUGUUAUUAUUAGUGGCAAGGGACAAAUGGAAUGCAGCCAGCUCUUUUAUGGCAAUUAUACCGCUGAUGUUGUUCAUACACCAAAUAUACCCAUCUAUUAUAGUAUGCCAUUUGUAUAUUUUGUGGUAACCCUCGUCCAUUUUAUAUUAAGUCUUGUCCUAGUUGCUAGAAGUGCCUCCAAUGCCUAUCAGAAAAGCUAUAUUGAAGGCGGUAGUAGUGUCCAUCAAUUCUGUAAUAAGCUAUUUGGUGGUUGGGAUUAUUGUAUUUGUGAGCAGAAAGCGGCAGAACUGAAAAUGAAAAGCAUUGCACAUGAUAUGAAGGUUGAUUUAGCUGAAGAAAUUCGAGCAAUAGAGUCAAAGUUGAGGAAUAAAAAAGAGAAAUGUACAAUUUAUCUCAAACGCAUCCUUGUUAAUCUCAUCAUCCUAGGCAUAUUAAGUGCAGCUGGUGCUGCUAUUUACUAUGCUGCUAAAGAGACCAUCGAUAGCCAAACAACUUCUGCCAGCUCUGCAUUUUUGCAGCUACUAAGAAAUUACACUGCUUCGCUCACUAUUUCUGGUUUAAAUAUUAUUUUACCGCCUAUCUUCAGUAUUCUCAUUUUAUAUGAGAACUACAGUCCGAACUUUGAAGUCCAGUUAACACUUCUCAGGACUGUAUUCCUCAAGUUGGCAUCGAUCAUCUUCCUACUGGCUUCAUUAUUUACAGUUACUCGCAACGCAGCAUCAGGUGGAUCAGAUACUAUUUUAUGUUGGGAAACUUACGUUGGACAAGAAUUAUUUAAAUUAGUCGUGGUUAAUUUUUUUGUUGUUGUCUUUGCUACAAUACUUGUAGAAUUUCCUCAGAGAUUUAUAGCUGAUAGGAUCAGAUCUCAAACGAUAUGUUGUAUUCCAAUCUAUCCGCCCGAAUUUCAAAUUCCUAAAAAUGUUUUGGAUUUAGUCUACGCACAAGUAUUGUGUUGGCUAGGUGCAUUUUAUUGCCCUAUGGUUCCUCUGAUGAUUGUUGUCUCCCUAGUGGUCAUCUUUUACGUCAAAAAGAUCAGUUUAGUCUACAAUAACCACCCGUCGCAACGUCCUUACCGUACAUCAAAAUCAAAUUCAUUUUUUAUGUUGCUUUUGAUUAUUUCCUAUUUCCUAGCUGCAAUACCGGUUGGUUAUGGCUGGGCCAAUUUAACUCCAUCAAAGCAGUGUGGACCUUACAGGAGCCAGUCUACUGUUAUUGAUGCGAUAACGAUAAUCGUAAAAAAGAACUUACCUACUAUUGCUUGGGAUAUUCUCAGUUUUAUAUUCUCUGCCGGAUUUAUUAUACCUUUGAUCCUGAUCAUGAGAAUAAUUACAGCUUUUGUGGCUUUUACGCUACAAUUACCUCCAAUCGAUAUCAUUAUAACCAUUUUAGCAGUUACUAUAGCCAACUACUGA